AUGUCAGUCAAGUACGCAAAGGACCAGCCUGCAGGCUUUACCAACCGCAUCGAACGUGUGGCCAUUGUGGGAGCUGGAGGCCAAGUUGGCAAACACAUUGCCGAGGAGCUUCUCAAGACUGGAAAACACACCGUUACUGCCAUCACCCGCACCGGAAGCAAGAGCAAGCUCCCUACAGGAGUCAAGGUCGUCGAGGUGGAUUAUGAUAACGAGCAGUCUCUGAUUGACGGCCUCAAGGGACACCAGUUCUUCUUCAUCUCAAUGGCUGUGACGGCCCCCAAAGGCACCCAAGAAAAGCUCAUUGCCGCAGCAGCCAAGGCCGGCGUGCCAUGGGUCAUGCCCAACUCUUACGGCGCCGACUUUGCCAACAAGAAGCUGCUGAAGGAGACAAUGACUGACGGAAACAACGACGGAGUUGUUGCCAUAGAAAAGGCCGGUCUAUCUUGGAUCUACAUGUCGUGCAGCUUCUGGUAUGAGUACUCGCUCUCCAUGGGCGAGCCGUUUUAUGGCUUCGACAUCCCAAACAAAAAGGUCACCUUCUACGAUGACGGCAAGACGCGCAUCAACACAUCGACCUGGAGACAGUGUGGCAGGGCUGCAGCACACCUUCUCAGCCUAAAGGAGCUGCCCGACGACGAAAACGACACAUCACCCACUGUCUCACAAUGGAGAAACAAGCCCCUCUAUGUUUCCAGCUUCCUCGUCUCCCAAAGAGACAUGCUGGACAGCAUCCACCGGAAUCUCGGUACAAAGGACAGCGACUGGGACAUCCAGUACGAGGCGUCGGAUGCUCGUUACAGCAGAGCAAUGGAGUUGCUCAAGGCUGGAAACUUCAUCGGCUUUGGCAUGGGCAUGUACUCUCGAGCCUUUUUCCCCAAUGGCGACGGCAACUUUGAGGAAAAGUAUGGCCUGGCCAAUGUGCCUCUGGGGCUGCCCAAGGAAGACUUUGAUGAGGCGACCAAGUUGGCGAUUGAGAUGGCUGAGGCAGGAUUCGGUCCUCGCAGGUUUGCAGAGGUCAGUGGACGGGAUCUGCCAGGCCAGCCAGGCCACUGA